CCACUUGCAGCGCGGCUCGCGUGCUACCUCUAGUCGUUAAACUCGAACGGGCAUUUCCCCAUAUCGAUCUUUUGGUGCGUUUCACCGUGGCGGGUUUAGAUUCUUAUAUCUUCUUCAAUGCAUUAACAUUUUUGCUCUAUAUUCCAUUUGUAUAUUCGGUAUUCCAAAGUUUCAAGAAUCGAAGAGGGUUGGAUGUUUCAGUGAAACGACAACUGGAAGGAGUCUUUGCAAAUACCGUGAUAGAAUUUGCCAUCAUAUUCUUAAAUCUCCUUCUAGUAAUUUCCGCAGUAUGUGUUAAACUUCAGCCUACAUUUUCUUGUCAAAUCCAAAUGUACAUAUUUGAUUGCUUGAAUUUAUCUUAUGUUUUACAUUUCCCUCAAGGCGUGUUUAGUUCAGAAAGGUCAAUUCAUUUUCAAUCCUAGCUUUUGGCUUAUACUUCGUAUUGGCAUGAACAAUACCAUUGCAACCUUGGGAAACAUUACCUUGUUCUUGAUCUUAGACGGUCUACGGAGGGCGAAUGUAACUCAUUCCAUCAUUGAACUCGCAACCCCCGAGCUCAUGAAAGUCACACACACUCGUAAAUCUGACGAAACUACUGCAGCAUAAUAUCGAUAUCUAUAGCCUUGACUGAUCAGCCUAACCUCGGUCUUAUUGUACUGAAUCCAUUCAUUCUUCUGUCCUCUAAUUUUGAUAUCUCCUUUUUGAAAUGUUCCUUUUACGUAACUUUUGUAAUCUGCAUUGCAGCUCCAUACCAUAGCCUUUGAAGAUGCGAAGUGGGAAUGGUUUGUAUCAACAUCAGUAUCUUAGCUCACUAAUCUCAAAGUAAUUACAAUAAGACACCUGCAAUUCACACUGCAAAAAGAAUACAUUUCUCAAGGU